CUGUUCUCACCCGAUGUGCGUCACUCUCCUGUGGUCCAAAGUGGUGUACCCACACAUGCAGAAAAAACAGCUGUUGUGUUCCCAUCCAGCGAUCUCAAGUCCGUUGGAGACACCGUCGAACUACCUCGUCCCGUCAUAUCUAAGCCAUAUAGUGCUCUCGACCAGAAUCCUUUUGUUAGACUGGCUUCCACAUUCCUUGGAGGUGGCUCAAGGCAAGGAGAUUCACUUGGCAGUGGUAAUAGCAUCUCUUCUUCCGGCUCAAAUCCAGAGCCGCUGGAUUUUGGCAACAUUCGCGAUUUCCUCCCUGGCGCUAACAAUAACUUUGGAUUAAAAAAAGGUCCAGGUAUGUUUGAGUUGUUAUUCAAAGUGCUAGGAAAUAGUAGAGUUUAUUUUUGGAGAGCAGAAGAUUGGUGA